AUGGCCCUUAAACCAAAUCUCUUAAUAAUUUUCAUGGCUGUCGCAAUAAUAGCACCAGUAAUUAUAGAAGCCCAACAAGGACUUCUUGGUAACCUUUUUCGCCUAAUAAGUACCAACGGAACUGUAUUUUGCACUGUCAAUGGCAAUAUAGGUGUCAAUGGCACUGCAACACCAGUUUUCCCUAAUGCUCUGGUGCAGUUGCAAUGUGGGGCUGGAAAUAUAGUAGCUAGUGCAACCACCAAUAGCUCUAGAGAAUUUUCAAUCGCGUUAAAUCCACGCCUAAAUGUUCUCUCGACUUUACUAUCCAAUUGCAGAUUGGUGGUUAAGACGCCUCUUUCGACUUGCAAUGCAAACCUGCCAUCAGUCGAAGGACUUAUUUCGUCGUUAAAGUUUGUCAGAACGACCCUUGUUGGACUUCUGAAUAUAGCAGAGAUAGUUCCUGCUGGUUUCCAGUUCCUCCCUCUGCUCAACUAA